AUGAACCUCCUAAUUCUCACCGCGGCACUUUUCGCAGCACUGGUUGCUUGUGCUACGGCAAGUAUCGGUCACGGCAAAGUUCAACCGUUUCCUCAAGUCAUGCCAGUCACAAUCUCUGAUAAGGCUGCCAUCAAAUUCAAGCCACAACUGUUCACCCCGGAAUACGUUUGCGUGCCUUAUCCUGCCGUUGAUGCUGCGGGGGAGACUACUGGUGGGCUCAAGGGGACGAAAAGAAAUGAUGCGUGCAAGUAUGCUCCUUUGGGCUCUCAAGUCUAUGGUCGAGCUAAGGAUUUGUGGGCCAUCAUAGUGUGGAUUGACAAUCCCGAAUUUGAGACGCCUAAGGUUGCUGCGGUCUCCAUGUCCAAGUCCGACGCGAAAUACACCACGAAUGUCAAAAUAUUGCCAGAGUAUUAUGCUGGAUACCGAAUAUGGGGGUCGAAAAGUACUGCUGGCGUCUCCAACACGUCUCCUCGAUUCCAAUAUGUUACAGAUAUUGGCAUUGCGAAUGUACAGGUGUCUCUAGAAGAUGGCGAGUACCAGGACUUGACAAGUGGGAUCAACUCACGGACGCGGCUCGUGUUGCUUUAA